UCACGGCUGGUGCCUUUAGUGUCUAGCGAUCUGUCUCUCGGAGCUGCUGGUUGUAAAGUGUUGCUUGCAGUGCAUAGUGCACUAUAUUUUGACGCGCUAUGUUGUUCCAUAAAACGUUCUGGUUGUUAGUACUAGCCCUAACGGUGCUAUUCAUCGGAUGCGGCCUAUCAAUGCCUGCUCGGGACGAUGGCAAGGAUAGCAUGGAAUUUUUCGAACUUGGCUCCCCGAGUGGAACGAUCCAUGAAGAGGUCGUGGUCGGAGCGUCAUUGUACGUACGGAAGAAACCUGAACGAUCGCAGCGUCAACAACUACAGUCCGGUCAACCAAACCCAAAUAAGCGGAUCGUAAAGAGAGAAAUACGACUGCAGCACGCUGAAGGUUAUGACCAGAGCAAGUCACACAAUGAUAAGAGUUCCAUGGGAACCACUGGGGCUCUGAAACAUUCGAAGGGAGCGAGUACUAGCAGCAUCAAAACGACACACACUACUCGCCAUGUCAAUCAUUUGUAGAUCGUCGUGGAAAGCGAUCGAGCUAGUAAAGCCGUAGAACAAAACCCGCCCCAAACAUCGAGAUCAUGUGAAACAAGUUGUGUUUGCCGAAUGGAUCAAAGACCUAACAGAGCGGCCGCCUAAGGAGCAACAUAUAUACCUGAGCCGUAAAUCUUCCGUCCAGCGUUGCCGAAAAUUAUUGCUAAAACACAGCUGGGUGUGGUUUGUGGGAAAAAGGCUGCACACCAUAGAUCGAAAGAGAUUGAUAUUUCUCGUGGGAAUUCCUAAAUACUCAUAAUUGAACAUUCAUCGAAGCUGUAAUGGUGCAUGAUGGCUUCCGUACGAUUUAAAAAGUGUCAUGCCUUGUAUAUGGCGUGUAAUGGUGUUUUUGUUUAGUUGUUCAAUUUUUUUU